UUUAAGAACUUGCAGGUUUGUUUUCUACAGUAAAGAAGAAAUUUACCACAGGCCGACAACAAUGUCAGAAGAUUCAACGGUGUUUCUCGCCAUAUAUAUCAUCACAUUCCUGAUUGCUUUUCCUAAUGCUGUGCUGGCAUUCUUCUCAUGUAUUCACAAGAUUCACCGUAAACCUUUGCCCAUUGACAUAUUCAUGUUGAACCUCACUAUUUCUGACCUCAUCUUCCUCACCUACCUGCCUGUCAAGAUGAAAGAGGCUGCAGAUAAUUUGGUUUGGAACAUGCCCUAUAUCUUGUGCCACGUCAAUAUCUUCAUGUUCUUUCUUCCUUUUUAUUCCAGUGGCCUGUUCUUGACAGCAAUCAGUGCUGAGCGCUAUGUGUGUGUAGCAUUUCCAGUUAAUUAUAAAAGUCCAAAUAGGAUAAUUUAUACAAUAAUUAUAUGUGUUGGUAUCUGGGUGCUUGUUGUAAUAACUUCGAUAUUUCCUUACAAGGUAGCAUUUUUAGAUUCUGAUGAAGCAGACAACACCACUAAUAAGGGCCAUCUGAUGGCGGAACCUCAGAGAUGUUACAGUAACUUUACAGCGAAACAGCUCAGAGAACUGCUUCCAGUGCGUCUGAGUAUAGUAGUGGUGUUUUUCCUUUUACCUCUCCUUAUCUGCUGCUUCUGUUACAUCAAUUUAAUUUGUAUUUUGUUAAAGUUUCCUCUCAUCAAGAAACAACGUAAACUCCGGGUGGUUGGACUGAUUGUGGGGACUCUCCUUGUGUUUGCAGUUAGUUUUGCACCCUACAAUGCAUCACACAUAGUGGGCUUUAUCAAAAAAGAAAACCCAGAUUGGCGCAUGAAAGCUCUAAUGCUGAGCACUUUAAAUGCAUGUUUUGAUCCUAUUAUAUUUUUCUGUAUCUCUAAGGAUAUGAGAAGGGUCAUCAAAGUAUGUGCAAAGGCCUUGUGCAGUUUUAUGCCUAUUUAAAGCAGUUUGUUGUUGUUGUUGGUAUUACCAAAUGUCUUCUAAUUAAAUUACACAAAACAAAUUCAAACCGGGGUCCGCAGACCCUUGGGCAUCUGUGACCCAAAGCCAGGGUCCACAAAUGAUUUGCUUUCUGCACUACAAGUCGCAUUUUUAUCUUCUGAAACGUGCUAUGAUUUGAAUUCCAAAGUGGCUUAUAUAGUGCCUUUAAUGUCAAAUAAGCAAAACAUAAACAUAAAAGAGUGGGCACUGCAAAGAUUAUACAUGAAUAAAGAUCCGAGGGCAUGUUGAAAGAUACACUGCAACUUACUGAAUGUAUAGUGUCUCAUGUAAUC